GGACAAAAUGCGUUGACUUGACUUGGAGCAUGGAGCACUGUGGGAGAGGCGGAGCCUCUUGAAUUUCUCUUCAGUCUUCACUCCCUCUCAUAUAAUCUCAUCCACCAUUGUUCCAAAUUUCCCACACCAAGCUCAUCAUCAGCUUCCAUCAAUCAAUUCUUCCAUCUGCCGAUCAACAUCUGUCUAAUAAUCCCUCGCUUCGCUUGUUAGCCCGUGUGUGCUGCGUCCCGUUCCCAUGUCUCAUCAGCCUCGUGUGCACCCGAACGCGGCGCCGGCGGCGGGUAACCUGGAGAUGGGCGACCACGCCCACGGCGGCGUGUACCCGCCGCUUCCAGUUCACAGCCAGUCCGUGAACCAGCAGCAGCUCGGCGUCGGCCUCGGCGGCUGCGGCGGCGGCCCCAACACUUGGGUGGGCAACGACGCCAACACGCUGCUGGUGGUGGCCACGCUGAUCACGACGCUCACCUACCAGCUCGGCACCAGCAUCCCCGGCGGCUACUGGCAGCAGGACACGACGGCGGCGUCGAGGGACGGCAAGCGGCAGGUGACGUACCUCGCCGGCGACCCCAUCAUGCGCGACCUGCACCGGCCAAGGUACUGGGUGUUCAUGGGCGCGAGCUGGGUGGGGUUCGCGAGCUCCAUGGUGAUGACGCUGAGCCUGCUGGUGCGGAUGCCCGUGGAUUCGCGCCACGUGCGGUGGUCCUUCGUGGUGGCCUACUCCAGCCUGGUGCUCACCUUCGUGGUGUCGCAGCCCAGGACGCACCUGUCGCUGGACAUCUGGGCCGCCGUCCUCGUCUUCCUCUGGAUCAUCGUCAGCCUCCACCCGGACCGCCGCGCGCGCGCCAUCCAGGUGCUCUGCUGCGGUGCCCGCGAAGCCUGAAGCAAGCAAACGAAUGAUCGAGUUGUGUUCACGAGGAGAACUACUCUGGGCUUCUUCUCUUGUUUUUUUCCCAACUUGAUGGCUCGUGAACUGAUUAAUUGUUGCUUAUUCUGGUGAUUGGGAUAAUUUGCUGUCUUUUAUCAGCUAGUCAACCAAGAUGUAACAAAUCCUGUUGCAGAUUAACCAUGAGAUGGUUGCAAGGGUAUCUGGUGGUGAAACUGUCGUGUAAGCUGCAGAAGAUAGCCACAGCCAGAGCCUAUUAUGAGUUUAUGACCUUGCUUGAGCAGUUGAGCGCUAUAGCACGUAGUAUCUAGAUAGAAUGAUAGAUAGACAAUGGACAUUAGCGUAAGCUUUUCGGCACCACCUGCACUUUGAAAACUAUACUAGAUGUUUCCAUGUCAACGUGUAAAGAAAAGGAAAAAGGCAAUGGACAUUCGCUGGUAAAACGAUUCUGUUGAGUGUAAAAUGAUUAUCCUUGUUAUUCAAGUUGUAGCAGUUAUUUUUGGUAUA